CUCAGAUUGCUCUUCAGCACGGCCAUCCCUCUCGCUGCCAGUAUAUGAGAGAUGCCCGAGCAUCCGUCCAUGCCAGUUUCUUUUUCUGAUUCCCGCCUUCUGAGUGCGUCGUGUCUGCUGCUGUUGCUUCGUGAGAGAGCAGACUCGACAGCGAGCAACGGUGUCGUCUGCAUGAAACCACCUCGUCUCCCACAGUCCACUCCCACUCCCCACUCCCACCCUCACCUGCCUGCUCGACCCCGCUGCAGAUCCAGCUGCCCUUCCUGAUCCGUCGCCUUUCCUCAUAAUGUCUCACUGACGGAGUUGAAUACCAUCGGUCUCUCCUCUGACCGAACAGGUCACAUUUCCUCCAGCAGCGGCCAGGAAUCGAUUCUCGUCGAUUCGCGCGAAGAGCUGCCAAUUAGAGUUCCCGCCUCUUGCUCGGGGAAACAGCCGCCAACAUGGGAAGAACCUCCAAGUUCCUUUUUCCCAUACCGGGCCGAAAACACACAUCAAGCAAAAACAACGUACCACCAGCAAGCUCGCCGGCGAUUAGCACAAGCAGCAAUCUAUCGAAGGCCCAAAGAUUCCUGGGAACGGAAAACGACCUCAAUAUUGAUUCGCCAACUCGGGAAGAUGGACAUCCAUGGCGGUAUCCAGGGUCCAGGUCGAGUGGCAUGAGCAUUUCUAUAUCGGAGUCUACGCAGUCUACGCAGUCUACGAACGAAAGCGGGAGUGUUCACGGCUCGCAGUAUGAUCAAUUGGACGACGAGUCAGGUGUCUUUCCCAGAGCUCUGCACGGGAAGGCAUCCUCUACUUUACUCGGACAGCGGUAUGCUGAUGAUGGAACAACGACAAAUUCGAGUAUAAGUGGUCGUUUAAGAAACGAGGGCUCCUCUUCUACUCUCCGGUCAUAUUACGAUCGCCAGAAAUCACCACUGUCGAUUUCUCAGCAGACGUCAAAUUCAUCUGCCAGGGACUUGGCAUUGAGAAAAGGCUUCCCUCCUGUUAUCCAACGAAGUCCUCUGCUGCAGGUUGAAUCUGUCGAUCCCUUCGACCAGCAUUUCGCGGGAGAACAACACCAACUCCGCGAGAAUGAUUUUCACGUGGGUGGAUCGAUCGAGAAGAAUUCGCGAAAGAAGCCAGCCCGCUUAGACCUGUCGAUGCUCUUCCCAUCUCGGAGAAAUGGCAAGAAAUCAGACAGCGAGUCAUUGACACAAUCGCCAUCGUCACUAUCACCAAAUCUUUCUCGUCAAACUCAAGAGAGUCGGCCGGCAUCGAGUUCUAGGCGCCGAAAACUAACGAAAGUAUCGUCGAAAGAGUCGUUGCAGUCACAAAAACACAGCAUUCGUUCCACUCAGUCAGAGGAUCGAAGGUCUCGCCAGACUUCUGGCACAUUGGAACACCUGUAUGACCAUUAUGAGAGUAUACCACCCCGCUCUGCCCGUAUGGACCGUAUUCCAGAGUCGAGUGUUCCCGACCGCAACGAUUCCAGAACAUCCAGAGCUGAUCAGCAUUCCCACGUCACGCCAAAUUCGAAAUCGCCUAACAAUCGAGAAUCAUAUUUAAGCCCGUCCAAUAGUGAAUCGUUCUCCUGGAAAAAUAUUAGAGAGAGCAUGAUAUCUCCACCAUGGGACGGGUCAAGUGCGGCAAGCUUCUCCAGCCGAAACUCAAGAACAUCACGGCGUACGAGUGCCAGUGUAUUGUCUAAUUCCGAUCUCAAGCAGCGAAGUGUGCUAUCCUUGUCAUCAGACUCUGAAGACGAUUCAGAACCCGAGCCAGUAAGAUCUCCAUGCGUGCCAUCCCAGGACAACAAAGCCUUACGGGUGCUCAACGGGUCGUCUGAGAUGCCCAAGGAAAGUAGGCGUCAUCAAGUUCAACAGCCAGAGGGGUUGACAGCAAGACAACACGGGCACAAAAAGGGUUCUGCAAAAGGAACCCCUUUCCUCACUAUCCCCGAGUCGUCAAUUCCAGCAACUCGGAUAAAUGGAACCUGGUCAUCCUCAAAGGGUGAAGAACCGCACACCUCGUCUGACCGUCACCGAAAGGAUUCUCGAACCUCAGGUGAAAAGGGUAGACGCUCUUCAAAAAAGAGGUCGUCCAAUGCAUCUGGGAAACCGUCUCAUCAACAACCAACACCUCCACACUCUCCUACGUCUGUUGAGUUUCGCCGGUCCUCGCAAAGCAGCAGCCGAUUCAUGGCUGUCACAAAGCAAGAAGAAGCCUUAUUAGAAGCUUUGAGGCAAAAGAGAGCGAGGAUGAGGGAGAAGAUAAUCGAAGAGCACGAAACGGCGAAAUCGCCUCCACGAAUCCCAGAAAGAGUCACCUCGCACUAUUCGACAACGUCGAGCGUCAGCACGAUUCGCGGCGAUAGAGGUACCAAUGAAAAGCAGAAAGUGCUUCUGUACCUCGAUACGCCAAUCUCCGAAUCACAAGCGAUUGACACGGCGGAGCCUUCGCCUGACUUGAGUGACUUUCUGAGCUUUGGUUCAGAUGAGGACUCAACACCAAGGACCUCCUGGGCCGUUCCUCCAAAAGACCACGCGAGGCCAGACUCUGCUGUGUCUCCGCAUUCCAGAGGGUCUAAAUUCUCCCCUAUGACGCCUCCUUCGGCAGCGAGACUCAGUGCCGUUGGUGCGGCAGUUGGCUUCAGAGACGAGAGGGCAAUCGACCAAGAGUUGGAAGGGAAGAAGAGACUAACUGGGGUCCGGUUUGUGGAUGAUACAAAGGUUGUGAAUGCACAAGACUUCUUACUGGACGAGAACGAGAGCGAGGUUAUUUGGGGAUUGUAAGGUAAUGGGGUUGAGCGAGCAUUCUACACACCAGUUUCCUUUGUCGAUAAUGAUCUGCAUUUAUACCCAUAUUUUGGCAUUUAUAAGGAAGGGAAGAUGGGAGUCUUGGGCGGGAUUGGUGUGUCGGGAAACCGUGGCAGUCUGUCUAUAUCACAUAAUACAAUACACACUGUGCCCUUGGAGAGCGUCCUCUACUCCCUCACGCACUGAGAACAGAAAAUUUGGCCGCGCGUGAUGGUGGCCACUCCUGAAGAAAUCGUGGGAGAGCGGAGGCACAGUUGCCUGGGUCUGGGAAGGAAUUCCACGUAUUAUUUUGGCAGACACAAAAAGACAGGUUGAGAGGAUUUCCCGGUGCUCAACAUUUCAC